AUCAUAGUCCAUCAGUUUGAGGAGGCAUUCUCAUACUGAAGCACCCAUGGCUUAUUCGCUUAUGAUGGAAGUUCCAAGAAUCACGCUCAUUGUUGCUGUUCUUUGGACGUCACCGUUGACAGUUUCAAGUCAAACGUGGACGAUCGGUCCAGGGGUGACAUGUCAACCAACGUGUCAAUCUAUUAUCCCUACUUAUCAGUGCCGUCAGAUCUUAACUCCCAUCACACAGGACGGUGUGUGUCUUCCGGUCGAGGAUUCACGAGGUUGUUGCGCUGGCUGCGUUACAGGUUCGAUUGACGCAUCAUCCAGUGUCACCACUAGACAUGCGUCUGCAAUUGAUACUAUACGCGGAACUAUGGUAUUUGAUACUACCGAACAAGCCCUUAUCGAUCGUAUACUUAGUACCAUAGGGAAUAUCUGGAACGUUGCAAACAUGGACAAUAUACUAAAUCUUGUUCCGGAUAUUUGUGCUUGGGGCCAAGAUUUUGUGACAUUAUUCGGGGAUGUUAAGGCCGACGUAGAACGUGUCUUACGUUCAGUUGAUGAUCGAGGUGGGGUACUUGGACAACA